CCCACGCACAUCCUAACGACAUGGCGACAGCACGGCGACCAGAAAAGCCCUCACAGGUGCCAGCGAACCCCAUUCCGUCUUCAUCGCCCGCUUUCGGCACGCCCGUCCAUCCCAUCAACCCCCGUAGAACAGCACCGAUUCGCGCCCCGCCUGGUCUGAAGCCUGCCCCGAAGCCCAAUGUUCUCGCCAUACUACUUCCACCAGCGAUUCUACGACCCCUCGCCUUUCGCACGUUCACCAAGAAACACAAUCUCACCCUUACAUCCUCAGCCCUUCAGGCGCUCGCAACCUUCGUAGGGAAGCACUGCGGGUCAGGAUGGCGGGAGGAAGGACUGGCGGAGAAGGUAUUGGAGGAGGUUGCAAAGAGCUGGAAAAAGUGCGGUGGUCAGGUAAUCGUAGACGGAGAGAAUGAGACACUCCGGAGCAUACUCAAGACGCUGGAGGGAUCCAUGAACGGAGGAAGACUUGUCCAAGGUUCGAAUCUCAGCAGGCAUAGCAGCUUCAACUUUGGGCCCGAGAUGAAUGCUCAAGCGUCUCGGCCAACGUUGGAUAGCAAUACAAGCUUUGGCAUGUCAAGUCUUCAAGUAGAAGACGACGAAGAUGACGACGACUUGCUGAAGGACCCUCGAGAGUGGGUUAAGGUUAUUGGUGCAUUUGAGCAGCCGAAGCUGGUAUACAACGUCACCCAGAAACACUUCGAGAAGUCUACCAUCAAGCCCUCGCUUUUCCCAGAUCCCUCACACAAAACCGAGGUCUUCCGGCAGCGAUACCACAUUGUACACCAGCGUAUUCUCCGCAAUGAAACCUUUCAAGCGCCCACCUUUUCUACUGCUCGAUCUGCAACAUUAAAUCGCACUGGUUCCAUCGCCACAUCCCAGAUGAACUCUAUCACCCCUAUUGCCAACCUAUUGGGCCGAACUGGAAGCACUCAUUUGCUGCUCGGCAUGCUCACUGUCUCAGCUACUGGAGCACUCUCGCUGUCUGACCUUACAGGGACGAUUGCACUAGACCUUCAACACGCACGACCAAUACCGGAAAACGGGGCUUACUUCGCGCCCGGUAUGGUUGUACUCGUGGAAGGUACCUAUGAGGAAGAUGCGGGCGCAAGUUCAUCGCUAGGGGGCGACGGUGGAAUUGGCGGAACGGUUGGCGGGAAGUUCAUUGGCUUCUCGGUCGGUCACCCACCAUGUGAACGGCGAACAGCCACUCUAGGUGGCGCAGAGGAGUUAGAUAAGAACAACCUGGCUGGACCAGCGUUUGGGUGGACAGACUUCCUGGGAAUCGGUUCCCAGCGCGCAACUGGCUCUCGAAUGAACAAGAUAGCGUCGAAGUUGCUCGACCAGGAGAAGGCACACAACGUCGUGAUAGCAUCGGACCUGCAUUUGGACAUCCCAUCGACACUUUCUGCGCUCCGAACGCUAUUACGAUCAUACACACCCGAUCCUAAUGACGCCCACCCUGUUUAUCCCCUCGCGAUCAUUCUAAUGGGCAACUUCAGCUCCAAAGCCAGCCUAGCAGGUGUCCCUGGCGCAGGCAGCAUAGAAUACAAAGAGCACUUCGACGCUCUAGCCUCGGUCCUUGCGGACUUUCAACAACUCAUCGCACAUACUACCCUAGUCUUUGUACCUGGCGAUAAUGAUGCUUGGCCAAGCGCUUUUUCAGCAGGCGCCGCAACACCACUCCCUCGCAAACCGGUGCCACAGCUAUUCACAAACCGCAUAAGGCGAGUCGUAGCAGAAGCAAAUCGAGAAGUAUGGGGUGUUAGUAAAGCGAAAGGCAAAGAGGGUGAGGUGAUAUGGACGAGUAACCCUUCGCGACUCAGCUGGUUCGGCGUGAAGGGCGAGAUGGCAAUCCUUAGAGACGAUGUUGCGGGUCGACUACAGAGGACAAGUAUACGCUUCAACAAGCCUGCACCGGACGUUGAAGAUGAGAUGCCCUACGCACCUUCCGCGCAGCAGAACGACAUUGAUUCGCAAGACACAAUGGACCUCGAUAUUCCAUCUGCGCCUGCGGCAGCCGCACCGAAACAACAAGAUGAAAUAGAUGACGACACACAAACAGCACGUGCACUCACGCGAACGAUAUUAUCACAAUCACAUCUCUCGCCUUUCCCGCUCUCCGCUCGCCCACUGCACUGGGACUUCGCGCACACACUGAACCUUUACCCGUUGCCGACAAGCUUAGUGCUUGCAGAUGCCGAAGCUCCAGCUUUUGUGGUCAAGUACUUUGGGUGUACGGUCAUGAACCCUGGGAGUAUAGACGAGAGUGGUGGAAGAGGGAGGAGAGAAGGGAGAGCGCGGUGGGUAGAGUUUGAUGUCAGAAGUUGCACGGGUGUUGUACGAUCUGAGGGAUAGAUGAUAUAUAUGCAAUGUAACGUUUAGAUGUUUAGGGCAGAGUGGUGAAUUUGGCUCUGGGCGUUUCGAGGUCAUUGUUCAAGUGUUAGUCAGCCAUUUGGGAGUAAGCGCUAGCAUCCCAGCAUUAAAUAUAAUCCUUGGACGAACGCUC